GAAAUCCAUAAGAAGAAGAAGAAGUGACUUUACAGCUGUCUGUUGACCUCAAGCAUGGCAGCGCGGGCACUAGCUAAAGGCGUUUGGGGGCUGCGAAGCUCACGGAGUGUUGGAGUGGCAUAUUCCUUCGGUGGACAUCAUUAUGGUUCUGCAACUGCCAUCACAUCACCUCAGUCUGACAGUGUGACAGACAAAAUCAUCAACGAACCACUUGAGUCACAGGACUUUUUCCGUGUGUCAGAGCUGUUCUCCUUGAAGGACUUGUUCAAUGCUAGAGUUCAUCUUGGUCACAAAAAAGGUUGCAGACACAGGCUAAUGGAGCCGUACCUCUUCGGCUGUCGUUUGGACCAAGACAUUAUUGAUCUAGACCAGACUAUGGAGCACCUACAACUAGCCUUGAAUUUCACUGCGCACAUAGCAUACCGCGGCGGUAUCAUACUGUUCAUCAGCCGGCGGCGUCAGUUUGGCCAUCUGGUGGAGAACACCGCUAAGGAAUGUGGGGAAUAUGCCCACACUCGGUACUGGCAGGGCGGUCUUUUUACCAAUGCUAACAUCAGGUACGGACCAGGGGUCCGCUUACCGGAUGUCAUAAUUUUCCUCUCCACCCUCAACAAUGUGUUUCAGCAGCACGUGGCAAUCAGAGACGCAGCCAAGAUGAACAUUCCCACUAUAGGUGUGGUGGACUCAAACUGCAACCCAAGUAUGAUCACUUACCCUGUGCCAGGGAACGAUGACACUCCAGUUGCCUUGGAGCUGUACUGUCGCUUAUUCAAGAUGACCAUCAACCGUGCCAAGGACAAAAGGAAACAGAUGGAACUCCUUUACAGCCUGUCAGGAGCCUCAACACCAAGCUCAUGAAAUGCAGCGUUCUGUCCUAAAACAUAUCACAUAACCUCCCGAAGACUGUUUUCUGCCGUUAUCCUGUUUUUGUUUGUAUUUUGGAAAAGGGGCAGAUGUAUGUUCAAGGCUGACGCUACAGAGUUUGUUCAGAUGUUACUGAUGCAACAUUCUCAUUUUUAAAAAUGAUUUUCUCACA